UCAACAUUUUAUUUCAGUUUGUUCGUGAGGUUAUCUAUGAUACCGAAGGCUUAAAACGGUCAUUUUCUUGCCUGUCAUGCCAAUAUUGGUUUUUCCACAAGAUAAUUUUCAUUUUUGAACACAAAGAAUUGAGGUAUGAAUAAAUUGGUCGCAACCAAUGAAUACCUUAGCUUCCGUAAUGCAGUUCCAUUGAAAAGAGUGAUUGUAGAUGAAGGGGAUUCAAAAGUUUGGAGCUUAUAUGAUGCUGGACCAAAGACUGUAAAAUGCCCAAUUAUUUGUCUCCCACCAGCGGCUGGAAAAGCUGAUGUUUUUUACCGGCAAGUGUUGGGUCUUUCCGGCAUGGGGUAUAGAACAAUAGCAUUGGAUUAUCCAGUUUACUGGACCGUUGAAGAAUUUUGCGUUGGCCUACGAAAAAUUAUUGAUCAUCUUCACUUGGAUCAGAUACAUAUAUUUGGUUGCUCGCUGGGUGCUUAUCUUGGUCUUAAGUUUGCUGAAAGAAUGCGUAAUACGCCAUAUAUUGCUUCAAUAGUUUUAUGCAAUGGCUUUACAGAUACUUCUGUGUUCAAAUACACGAGAGCAUCAUCAGCUUUUUGGCUCAUACCUGGUUUUCUUUUGAAACGACUGGUAAUGGGCAGUUUCACUCGAGAUGUUACGGAUGCCCCUCAAGCGGAUGCAACAGAUUUCGUUGUUGAGUGUCUUGAAAAUCUCACUCAACAAGAAAUUGCAUCACGUCUCGUACUUCAUUGUAACGGGGAUUAUGUUAGAAAGCCACAUUCCUUACAACACAUUGCUGUUACGUUAAUGGAUGUUUUUGAUGAAAGUGCCUUGUCACAAAGUGUUAAGGAUGACAUGUACAAAUGCUUUCCAAAUGCAAAGCGGGCUCACUUAAAGACAGGUGGUAAUUUUCCAUAUUUAAGCAGAUCUUCUGAAGUUAAUUUGCAUCUAAGAAUUCACCUAAAGUCUUUCGAAGGAACUAAAGCUUCAGCUCGAGAAGCACCAAGCCCCCAUGAUGCGACCAAUUUAUCACCUUCUAUGCAAGCUGUUCCAUCAGAUGAAAUUUUUCAGGAGGAAAAUGAUGAUACGAAGCCAAAGACGUUAUUGGAUUUGUCAAAGUUAAACAAAGAUUCAGAUGAUGAAAUGUCCAUGAAUGAACCUCCGACAAUUGAAGUUGAUGAUAAUGAACCGAUCGAUUUUCCCAUCUAAAAAGUCUAUUUAUUUUAUUCUUGCUAUCAACUGUGCAAUAACGAAUAGUGGCCAGACUAGAGCAUAGUCUACCAGUUAUAAAUUGUUUGAAUCUUCAUGUUAUAGAAUAGAUCAUGCCAACUUUGGAAGCUGCCAUUUGGCAUGUAUGUUACUAUGAUAAAAAAUAUGAUGUUUUUUUUGCUUCUGCUUAUCGAGAAAAAGACUAGCUGAAACUAUUCCUGAUCCUUGAAUAUGUUACUCAGAGUGCUUAUUAAUGUGGAUGUAGGUUCUGCUUUUUUGUUGCCAUAAACUCAUUUACUUUCAUGGAGUGGUGGUCAUGAUCCUUAUCAUAUACAGAUCAAGUGUUACAAAAAACAAAAACUGAAAACAAUAUCGCCGUAGUAAAAUCAAGUUACCAUAGCUAUUGUCACAUUUUGAGGUUUUUGAGAAAAACACCAUUUUGUAAUAGUUUGCUUCAAACAGCCAGGACAUUACUACCUAAAAUAAAGUUGAUACAGGUAUAGCUUUGAAAAAAGAAAGGAGAGAAGUCCCUGUCACAUAAACUGCAGUACUUUGGUUUUACUGUGGCGAUAUGACGAAAUCGUAGUUUUAUUUGUGCAAUAUGCAUUUCAGAGGUAUAUUUUGUAGUUAUGUAUUGUCUACCGACCCUAUAGCUUUGUACCUACUGCAUUAUAUCAUUAUAAAUGAAGUUUUUUUGUCUUUUGCUGAUAUGUUCCUCUUAUAUCUUUAUAUGCAUUGUUUGAUUAUUGCCUUUUUAUCACUGGUGCUGUAAAAAUUGAUGUCAAGUGUCGCUCACCACUUGAGGGAGAUAAAUAUUGUUUAAAAAGGGAAUCUAUGUGUAUACUUAUUUUUGGAGUCGAUCAAAAAACCCAUGACCGCCUACGGCGCCUAGUAGUAUAUAUGAAAACCAAGUAUUAGACCACAAAAUGUAAUAAAUAUUUACGUAAAGUUUUGCAAUUUCAUAUCAAUAAAGUUAUUUCACAUUUCUGUCAAUGUGUGAAUAUUCAUUACAUAUAUUGCUUGAUUUCAUUUCACAUUUUCAGUUUUUGCCAAGAAAUUACAACCUGUAAAAUUGUGUGAUUUUUUUUUCAG